UCUGACUCAGUUGUCAAAACCGGCUUCCGCUGACAACGGUUACUUCUCGUUCCUGAGCUCAGACACGCAGAGGAUCCUCGACAGGAUAGACGACCGCGAAGCUUCCAUGAAUAAGAAACGCACAAAUACAGGCUCACGGGCACCUUCCCGAGACGAUCUGACCUCCACCUACACCGAGCUGAACAUUCGGAAAGUCGAACGCCUCAGCAAUAGACAAGCAGAUGGACUGGACCCCACCUACUCUCAGCUGAACCUUCGCCAAAAUGAAGUUCUCAUCGCGAAGGAAGAAGAUCCUCCUCUUGCGUCGGGACGAGGAAGUCAGGCAGCUGCGCAUGAACAACAGUCGAAAGUGAAGAUCGGAAAUAGACCGUUCCGUCUGAUCUGCCUACUCUGCCUAGUUACAUCUGCCCUAAUUGUGACAGUGGCCGGUCUCUCGAUCCAUGUAUCGCAGAUACGUCAGUCUCUUAAACGAAUGCAGAGCGAUCUCAGUCACCAGUUCACUGAGAUGGAAACGAAGUACAGAUCUGUCAACGAAACCAAGGCUGAAAUCUGUGAAAUUUUGACCAGCAGAAGAGAGCAAAACAGUUCCAAGGACUGGGUCACAAAUAAAGACCGGUGUUAUUACGUAUCCAGGUUUGAAGCAUCUUUCCAAAAAGCGAUACAAGAAUGUUCAAUCCGUGAUUCAAGGAAUGCUUCCUCUGACAACGGUUGCUUCCCCUGUCUGAGCUCAGAGACGCAGAGAAUCCUCGGCAGGAUGGACCGGAGCGAGAGGCACAUGAAUGUGAAGUUCGGCAAAAAGGACUCAAGGUCUCCUUCCCGAGCUGAACCUGAUGUAUCGUACGCCCAAGUUAAUUUCAAGACCCUCUCGGCGUCCCGGGUCCGGACAGAUCAAGACGGUCUGAACUCCACCUACUCAGAGCUGAACUUUCGGAAAGAGGAACCGCGCAUCGAUGAGGACCAAGAUCCACCCAUUUCCUCCGGACGCGGCGGGCUGCCAAUCACUGCACAAGCAGGAUGUCAGGGCGUUGGGGAGCCUCCGGAGAGGUUUAACAGGACUCUGCCGGGAUUCGGUGGCGUGUGUUACAACGAGAGGUCGGACACCUGGGUCGCUUCUUCUGGAGCCGAGGAGGCUCAGGGGAGAUCUGACUGA